AUGGAUCCGAACGACGAAGGUAAAAUGGAGAGGGCGAAGAAGUUUCUGGGGCUGAGUCAGGACGAGUCCGAGGCCGUGUCGCGACUCGCCGUUCCAGAACGGCAAGCGGGCGAAGGGAAGAGCUUCUACGACACUUUCGCUCUUGCAGGCAACAGAGUCGUCCGAGUCGAACCCGGACUCAUCGUCUGUAAUUUCAAGGUCCCUCCCCGCCUCACUGAUAGAACUGGGAAGUUGGCCAGUGGGGCAAUUGCAAACCUGGUUGAUGUUGCCGGUAUAUCCGUAGAUUUUGUUGAGGGUCUACCUAUGAAUGUUUCAGUGGACAUGUCUAUCUCCCAUCUCUCAACUGCCAAGCUUGAUGAUGAGUUAGAGAUCAUCUCAAAAAGGUUAGGGCAAAGAGGAGGUUGCACUGGAGCGUUGGUACUUGUGAGAAACAAAGCAACUGGUGAGAUUAUUGCUGAAGGUAGACUUUCAAUGUUUCGUACACAAGCUUCUAGCAAACUCUGA